AUGAAAAACUUCAACUCGGUUCUGCUGGCCGUCGCCCUUCUGGGGGCCGCCCGAGGAGUGAACGGCCAGGACCCCGCUCAAAAAGGGUCGGCAGAGUCUGCCGACUGCCUUGCGGACUUCAACACCGCUCGAGAACGUGCAGACCUUGAAGCUUUCACUGCAGAGACCAAUGAGGAACAAAAAAUGCCAAUAAAAAAUGAAAGCUACAUCAAGGCUUUGCAACCCAUUGCCUUGCAGCGUGUUUCUGGCUUUGUGGAGUUAUCGUGCCCGAGCCCGGCCUACGUGAACUUCGGGGAGCUCCCUUCCAAAUACGAGAAAGAAGAGACAGGAGUGUAUGCCGAAAGCCGUAACCGCUCGCUCGUGGCCCUUUACAACCCCAAGGAAGGCGCCACUGUCGAUUGCGCCUACAUCACUUGUCCGGCCUCCACCGCAACCAGCACAACCACAACUAGCACUACAGCGCAAAGCUCUCAGGAGACAACACCAAAUCCGAGCGAUUCAGGACAGAACCAGGAGAACGGAUCGAACAGAAGACGCCUCUCUGCCUCCUCAGAGACUGUUACCGGCCUCGUUUGCCUCACAAAUCCUGCAGCUCUUGAAGCUGGGCAUAUGCCAUUCUCCGAGGAGAUUUGGGCGAACAUCAAGGAGGCCAUAGAAAGCUCUGCUUCUGCCUCAACGCAGUCCGCUCUCCUUGCUACUGCUUUAUUUCUGCUCACUUCUUUCGUCAUUCUCUAG